CAACAACAACAACAACCAAAAAUACAACAUUUUUGAUACCAAUAAAAAUUUCUUACUAUUUAAUACGAGAGAAAAAGAAAGAGAGAGAGAGAGAGAAAUAGAAGGAGAGGUGUGGAUAGAAAAGGAAAGAGAUAAGUAGAGGAAAGUUCGAUAAAAUGUCAUAAAUAAAAAGCAAGACGAAAGAAAGUCGAAAAAAGAAACGUAAUUAUUUUUACUAGAAAGAAAGAAGAAGAAGAAGGUAAAGAAAAGCCAAUAACAGAAGCAAAUCGUAAAGAAGAAACGCAAACGCAAAGAGCAACAACAAGCAGCAGCUGGCGGCCAGGCAUUGGUUUGGGUGCGUAGUCACCCUCUCUCAUCCCUCCCUCCCUCCGUCCGUCUAGGCUCUCCAUCGCCAUCCAUCUUCACUCCCCCCACUACCAGCAUCAUCAUCGCCACCACCAUCAGCAUUCGGCGCCCUCAACAUGAACAUGCUACACAGUUUCAGCGGUGGCGGAGGAGCUGGCAACGCAACGGGCCAAGAUGCCAACAGUGAGACGGAGCUUAAGGAGCGGCUGAUUGCGAGUGUAAAGAAGGAGGUCAAACAACUAAUGGAGGAGGCGGUGACCAAGAAAUAUGUGCACGAGGAGAGCAGCUCCGUGACCUCGCUAUGCGGCGCUGUCGAGGCUUGUCUUAGCCACGGCUUGCGGCGCCGUGCUCUUGGCCUGUUCAAGACCUCAUCGACCACGGCCCUGAUACAGAAGAUAGCCAAGAUUUGCCCCGAGGCCGACUAUGUGAGUCGACGUCUCCUCGAACUGGAAUUGGCCCAGGAGAGUCAUGCGGUCAGUGGCAAGCGUUCAUCGUCCAGCAGUGAUAGCAUCAUAAAGCCCAAACUAUUGAGCAAAGCUGGGAGCUGUAGCAGCAAUUCGGUUAGCCACAUCAACACGGCCAGUGGAUUUGGCAGUGGUGCUGGUGGUGGAGUCGGUGGUGUUGGAGGUGGCGGUUCGCCAACAACGAAUGCCGCCGCAUUGGGUAAAUACUUGUGGAUACGCUUGGCCCUCUACGAGAAACGUUUGGCCAAAAUAAUCGAACAUUUGGUUAACAAUGCGAGCAAUUAUUAUGAUCGCGAGGCGCUGGUCGCCGAUGCGGAUUAUGGUUCCAUAUUGAGCUCCUUGCUGGUGGGUCCAUGUGCUCUGGAAUUUACCCGUGCCAAAACUGCCGACCAUUAUUGGUCUGAUCCGUGUGCCGAUGAGCUGGUUCAACGUCAUCGCAUUAGUUCCGGGAAUCGAACACCGCCCACCUGCCAUCGGCCCAUUAUUAAUUUCAAGAGAAGCCUGCACACCAGCUCCGAGGAUACGAGCAGCGGUGGCAGUUUCAAGGCCUGCUCGCCGGCGAGCGUGGCCAAGGAUUAUGUGGAAUCGUUGCAUCAGAAUUCCCGAACAACUCUCCUAUAUGGCAAGAAUAAUGUUCUCGUUUUGCCCAAGGAUGUGGCUGAGCCAAUGCCGGGUUAUUUGAGUCUACAUCAGAGUAUCCAAUCGUUGACAAUUAAAUGGACACCGAAUCAGCUAAUGAAUGGCUACAAUGAUGGACCAGCCACCAGUAAUGGUGGUGGUGGUGGUGGUGGUGGUGGUGCCACAGGAGGAGCAUCCACUGGAGUCGGAGCUGCCAGUGGUGAUAGCAAUGGAUGCGGCAGUGGCAGCAACGGCAGCACCGAUAAAAGUUUCUAUUGGGGCUAUGCCCUGAACAUAAAUGUCGAUGAGAUUGUCUAUGUCCAUUGCCAUCAGAAUCGUGGCGGGGAUACGGGUGGCAUUAUAAUUUUAGUGGGUCAAGAUGGUGUCCAAAGGCCGCCCAUACAUUUUCCCGAGGGUGGUCAUUUGCAGGCGUUUUUAAGUUGCCUGGAAACGGGUCUGUUGCCUCAUGGCCAACUGGAUCCACCGCUGUGGUCACAGCGUGGCAUUGGCAAGAUGUUUCCCUGGCCCAAGAGUGUGCGUCGACACAUUCUGCCCUCGGUGAUGGAAUCGUCAUCGAUGAUGAGCAACGAAACAACAGAGACGCCCAUCGAUUAUGUCUUCCGUGUGGUCAGCAAGAGCCAACACGAGGAAUUCUUGGCCACUCAUCCCAUCUUAGAGCUGGGCCGAUCGAGCCCCAGACGUAAGCAUUUGGGCAGUUGUUCCACAACUGGCAGCAGCGAUUGCUCCAGCAAGAGUCUGUCCAUCGAUCAGAGCUCCAACAAUGAGACGCCAUUGAUACAGGCCAGUCAAACGGCCAGCAUUGAGCUUGUCUGCUCCACCAUGCGGCGUCAAAUAAUCUCGAGAGCUUUCUAUGGCUGGUUGGCCUAUUGCCGUCAUUUGUCGACAGUGAGGACUCAUUUGUCUGGCUUGGUCCAUGGACGGAUCAUGCCUGAUUUGGCCGCCGAUGAGGAGGGUCUCACCCAAAAGAAAUGGCUGGACAUGCAUCAGGAUGGCGUUGUGUCUGGUGAAGUGGAGAUCUAUAGACUCGUUUACUUUGGCGGGGUUCAGGCUGAAUUGCGUAAAGAGGUGUGGCCCUAUCUGUUGGGCCACUAUGCCUUCGGGUCCACACCGGAGGAGCGGCAGAAGCAGGAUGAGACCUGCAAGCACUACUAUGAGACAACCAUGAGUGAAUGGCUGGCGGUAGAGGCAAUUGUACGGCAGAGGGAGAAAGAGAAGACAGCUCUAGCUGUUGCCAAAUUGAGUGCUGAGCAAUCUCGUUUGACUUUGGCCAAUUCGAAUGGCAAGACGGAAAAACCCAUGGGCAAUGGAUGUAAUGAUGGAGGAGGAGGAAAAGGAGAUUCUGCUGGCCAGGAGCAACGACUCGAUCAAGAGCAUAUUGGAGGGGAGGCUGAUAUUAAUGAUGAUGUAUUCGAUGACAACGAUUUCUCUGAUAUAUCCGAUCCGGGGGAUGAGGAUUUUGACGAAGAUAAAGUAAUGGAAAAGGAGGAGGAAGAACAGAAGGGUCAGGAGGAGGAGGAACAGAAGCAAUCACAAUCGACUCAUGAACUGUGCGAACAAGUGGUUCUUGAAUUCCAAAAUAUUGAUGAUAUGGAACCAUUGCGUUUGCAGGAGAAUUGUUUUGCCGAUUCCGAGACUGAAGCUGAAGCUGAGACCGAUCUUGGACUCACGCUGGACGGCAGCGGCAAUAUCCUAAUGCUAAGUAUCAAGAGUUCACCCUCAACUAGCAGCUAUGAGACUGUGGGUAAUGAAUUUGUCGACAUGGUGGAGGGCAAGGAGGUGGAAUUGAAUAAAUUUCACAGUGCCGACGAUAUCAGAGCGCAGCAGACGGAGGAGGAGGAGGAAGAAGAGGAUGAGGAGGAGGAGGAGGCAGAGGAUGAUGGUGAGGAGGAGGAGGAACUAGAAGAACAUCUAGCAUCCACAUCUGUGAUUAUCACUGAGGCUGCCUCCCUGGAUGCACUCGAUAUGCAGUGUAACAAUGAUGAUGAUCCCACCGAGGAGUUUACCUCGCGUAAGACUAGUCUAAUGUCGCCCCUGAAUGAGGACAUAACGGUAGUUGCCGCCUCCCUCGAUGCACUCCAAGAGCCGAAAUCCUCGUGCGUCUCACCGGCCAGCUCCAAUGGCGGUGUCUACAGUGUCGAAUUGCUGGAACAAUUUGGCCUCAAUUUGCAUCGCAUCGAGAAGGAUGUGCAGCGUUGUGAUCGCAAUUAUUGGUAUUUUGCCAACGAGAAUCUCGACAAGCUGCGAAACGUCAUCUCCACCUAUGUGUGGGAGCAUCUGGAUGUGGGUUAUAUGCAGGGCAUGUGUGAUCUCGUUGCCCCCCUCCUAGUCAUCUUCGAUGAUGAGGCAAUGAGCUACAGUUGCUUCUGUAAGCUCAUGGAGCGUAUGAUUGAGAAUUUUCCCAGUGGUGGUGCCAUGGAUAUGCAUUUUGCCAAUAUGCGCUCUCUAAUACAAAUUCUCGACUCGGAAAUGUAUGAUCUGAUGGACUCGAAUGGCGAUUAUACGCAUUUCUAUUUCUGCUAUCGCUGGUUCCUAUUGGACUUUAAGCGCGAAUUGGUCUACGAUGAUGUCUUUGCCACCUGGGAGGUAAUUUGGGCAGCCAAACACAUAGCCUCGGCCAAUUUUGUUCUAUUCCUGGCAUUGGCUCUAUUGGAAACCUAUCGCGAUAUAAUUCUAUCGAAUAGCAUGGACUUUACCGAUGUCAUUAAGUUUUUCAAUGAAAUGGCCGAACGUCAUAAUGCCCAAUCGAUUUUGCAAUUGUCACGUAGUUUGGUUCUGCAAUUGCAGACAAUAAUUGAAAAUAAAUAGAAGAACACAAAAAUAUUAGAUUCCUGUCGUAGAGUUUUGUAGAAGAUAAAGGACUUCCUUAUCAGUAUUUAAAACAGAAACCAAAAAAGUAGUUGAG